CCAUCUCGAACCUUACCCACCCCGGCCGGGCAGCUCUUGCCCGCACCAAUCCAUUGCUGCCGCCAGCGCCAGCCAGGCAUCCAGGCCAGCCAGCAACCUUUGGACCUUACCUGGCACAGCAGCUCCAGCUCCUGCGAGACACGCCCCGCGCUGACAGGCGGCAGACAGACCUACGCACGCACGCAAGCGGUCCAGUCCAGUCAACGAAAACUCGCCCUCCUUGCCACCAAACCGUUUCACGUAAUUGCCCACCAACGACAUCCCAUCUCUCAUCUACCUUCGCCUUUUCCACUCCUCGUGCGACCGGGUACAUGACCUACUCCUCAGUCUUACCGACACCUCUGUCCUGUACUUUUUACGGCGCAGCACAAUCUGACGGCGCACCGCAUCCGCACCUCCCCUCGCCGUUCGCUGCCCAAGUACAAGCAAGGCGACCCGCCAGGCCCGUCCGUGUCAUCCCUUCCGAUCCCACGACGCAUGGGGUAGGACGAUCACUUCGCCACACGUCAUUUGAAGACGACACCGCCCUCCCGCGCUCCCCGAACCUCGACCCCUAAAUCAUCCACCAACAGCACCUCCAAGCUAGACCAGCCGCUGUCAAUUGCUGCGAAACGGGCUCGCCUAGUGUCAUGGCCUCGACGUCGAACCACCGCGCGCGUGGUUCCGACGACUUUGGUGUCUUCGACGAUGCCAAAACCUACUACGCCUCCGAGGAGCGCCAUACAAACCGCUUCGGCGCCCGGACCCGGACCUUUUCGCAGAACAGCAUCUUGAAGCAAUUUGAGCGAGUUGGGCUGCGAGAGCCCUUCCGCCGCGGAAGCCAUGACGAAUCAACCAUUCCCCACGGCCGGCGAUUUCUCAUUCAGGUCGACGCCACCCUCAACAGUCUCCGCGAGCAAGAAGACACAGACAACAACAUGCAGAUCACAAUCGAGGACAACGGCCCCAAGGUCCUGUCGCUGCGGACAGCCGCCUCUGCCGGCCACAACCGAUUCGACGUUCGAGGCACGUACAUGCUGUCAAACCUGCUUCAGGAAUUGACCCUGGCCAAGGAGUAUGGCCGCAAGCAGAUUAUCCUCGACGAGGGCCGGUUGAACGAGAAUCCGGUGGACCGUCUGUCGCGCCUGAUUCGGGACCACUUUUGGGAUGGCCUGACGCGGCGUAUCGAUGCAUCGACCAUUGAGAUCGCCGCCCGGGAUCCCAAGGACUGGACCGACGACCCACGGCCACGCAUUUACGUGCCCGUCGGUGCCCCAGAGCAAUUCGAGUAUUACACCAGGGUGGCCAAGGAGCGCCCGGAGAUUCGACUGGAUGUCCAGCUCCUACCAGCCAACAUCACUGCCGAGGUGAUUCGGGACAUGAACGACAAGCCCGGUUUGCUGGCCGUGGCGGUCGAGAAGAGCGAGGACGAGCACAACAACGUUAUGCUCAAGGGCCUGCCAUUUGUCGUGCCAGGGGGGCGCUUCAACGAGUUGUACGGGUGGGACAGCUACAUGGAGUCGCUGGGCUUGCUCGUCAACGACAGGGUGGAUUUGGCCAAAGCCAUGGUUCUGAACUUUUGCUUUUGCAUCGAACACUACGGCAAAAUCCUCAACGCCACGAGGUCGUACUACCUCGGUCGAUCGCAGCCGCCAUUCUUGACGGACAUGGCGCUGCGCGUAUACGAGAAGAUCAAGCAUGAACCUGACGCCAAGGAGUUCCUGCGCCGGGCGAUCUUGGCCGCCAUCAAGGAGUAUCACAGCGUGUGGACCAGCGACCCGCGGCUUGAUCCGGUCACGGGGCUCUCGAGGUACUGUCCUGAAGGCGUGGGCGUCCCUCCUGAGACGGAAGCGGGUCAUUUUGUGCACAUUCUCGAGCCUUACGUGAAGAAGUACAAGAUGGAGUUCAACGAGUUCAUGCGGGCUUAUAACCACGGCGAGGUCAAGGAGCCGGCCCUCGACGAGUACUUCAUGCACGACCGGGCAGUGCGCGAGUCGGGACAUGACACGACGUAUCGGUUUGAGGGGAUCUGCGCUAACCUGGCGACGAUUGACCUGAACUCACUUCUGUUCAAGUACGAGACCGACAUUGCUCGCACGAUCCGUGGCGUGUUUGGCGACAAGCUGGUCGUUCCGUCUGAAUUUUGCGCCGGCACGCCGUACCAGGCGGACGAGGUCCUUUCGUCGGCGGCAUGGGACCGGCGCGCCAAGCGGCGCAAGCUGAUGAUGGACAAGCUCAUGUGGGAUGAAGAGGAGGGCAUGUUCUUUGACUACGACUUCGUCAAACAGGAGCGAUGCUCAUACGAAACGGCGACGACAUUCUGGGCCAUGUGGGCAGGCAUCGCCUCGCCCAAGCAGGCCGCCGAAAUGGUCCGCAAAGGGCUGCCCAAGUUCGAGGCGUUUGGAGGUCUCUUGGCUGGCACAGAGAAGUCGCGCGGCGAGAUUGGGCUGGAGCGUCCGAACCGACAAUGGGACUUUCCGUACGGCUGGGCGCCACAGCAGAUGCUGGCGUGGACGGGGCUGCUGCGGUACAGCUUUACGGAGGAGGCGGAGAGGCUGGCUUACAAGUGGCUCUUCAUGAUCACCAAGGCGUUUGUCGACUUCAACGGCGUCGUGGUGGAAAAGUACGACGUGACGCGGCCGGUAGACCCACACCGAGUCGACGCCGAGUAUGGAAACCAGGGCCUCGACUUUAAGGGCGUGGCUAAGGAAGGGUUCGGCUGGGUCAACGCCAGCUACGUGUACGGACUGCAGAUUGUCGAUGCGCACAUGCGGCGGGCGCUGGGGACGCUGACGCCGUACCCGACAUUUAUCAGGGCAGUGGAGCAGAACAAGGAGAAGGCGCUGGCGGACUUUGCUCUGCCAUGAGGCAUGGGACUGCAUUGGCUGGCUGUCUUUUUUUUUUUUUUGGCGAUACAUACAAUUCGGGAUUGUGUUGGUCGCUGGCACGUCGAUGGUAGAGUACUUUGCGCGGCAAGCAAGCACGGGAUUGCAUGAACGCAUUUCAGAGAAGACAGACGAAGAAGCAAGGUCAGCUCUGGAUAUCGCAGGAUGGGCAUUGACGAGACGGUAGAGGAUGCUAGAUGUCAAGAGUCAUGGAUACAGUACAAACGCAGUCUAAUAGCGGCGACGAUGAUGUGGAGUUUUGGAGCAGAGCUCAGCUUAGUAGGCGGGACUGACACAUGCCGACGGCUGUUUUGGGGUUGAGUCAGGCACGAGACGUUGGCCAUGUGACAGCGGCGAUCGAGACGCAAGUUGCGUAGUUGCUUGUUGACUCUUGCGUGCAUGCCGUUGGUCAGCCUGCCGGUAGCUUUUGCUCCUCAGCCUGCAUUGGGGUGCAUUGCCGGGGCUGAUGUCGAUGAGGAGAGUCGGGGUUCACGAGCCGACGACACGAGUCUACGAUUCCAGAUCGGAUGCGGUCGAAUUGGCUGACAUGGUGACUUGUUUCGUGCUUCGCAC